GGCAACAGGAAGGGAGUACAAAGAAACCAAUUGGUUUUUUCAAGUUCGUGACAAAGAUACUGUUUAUUGAAUUGACCUUAAGGAUUUAACACAAUUUCAAUUUUCGGCCUUGAGGAUGACGUUAUACUCAAUCAUUCUGCCCACCUACAAUGAAAAGGAAAAUCUCCCCAUUAUUACAUGGAUCAUUGAUGAGGUUAUGAAUAAAAGUGGCUUUCCCUACGAACUAAUAAUCGUUGACGACAACAGUCCAGAUGGGACAGGUGAAGUUGCUAAAAAGUUACAAUCUAUUUUUGGAGGAAAUAAAAUAAUUCUUAAACCAAGAAGUGGGAAAUUAGGACUAGGUUCAGCCUACUUGCAUGGUUUGAAGUUUGCAAAAGGUGAUUUCGUUAUCAUUAUGGACGCGGAUUUAUCACACCACCCAAAAUUUAUUCCUGAGUUCAUUAAAUUACAAAAGCAACAUGAUUACGAUAUUGUUACUGGGACACGAUAUGCAUCUAACGGAGGUGUAAGUGGCUGGGAUUUGAAGCGUAAACUUAUCAGCCGUACGGCAAAUUACAUAGCUCAAGUAUUACUACGACCGAAAGCAUCCGAUUUAACUGGAAGUUUUAGACUAUACAAAAAAACAGUUUUACAAGAUUUAGUUUCACGUUGUACUUCACGUGGUUAUGUUUUUCAAAUGGAAAUGAUAGUAUUAGCCUCUUCACUUGGUUACAAAAUUGGUGAGGUUGGAAUUACAUUUGUAGAUCGAUUUUAUGGAGAGUCAAAACUUGGUGGAACAGAAAUUAUUCAGAAAUACUUUCUUGAAGUGUUUUGAAAAUAAGUCAGAAAUCAGUUUUUAAAAUUGUCCAACUCAGUACAUGGCGUUACUUCAUGAACUCAUUAACUGCUGAUAUGGGUCGUUUAUGGAGCUUCAGAUUACCUGUUUGAAGCCCAUAAGAUAACCUUACUCACUAUUUGAAGACUACAUGACUUGAUUUAAGAAAAGUUGGUACAUGUGCACUUGUUCUUUGCUAAGUCUUAAAUCUGUGUUUGAUUCACUAAACUGUUUAAUUUGAUUUUUUGAGCAUUAUUUCUUAUCCUCAGCUUCUAAUUACUAUAAGUAUUAUUAUCUUUACGGCUUUAGUUUUCAUCUUUCUGAUCCCUCGACGUAUAAAUGUAAAAAAGAAUGCAAAUUCAGUCAAAAUACUGUGCUGUUUUGAAUUAUAUUUACCUACCUUUUUUAUCAAUACGUAUAGCAGUA